UCGCUGCCCGUUGCUUGCUACUCGUCGCUCGCGGUGUGCUGUUGCGCCUCUGCCUUUGAUCCAGGUUGAUUGCUAUGGCAGGCUGCACAGUGCCAGUCGAGCCUCGGGUGCUGCUCUUUUGGAGUGCCCUUUGAUCUUUACAAUAUGUCCUCCGCCAUCGCGGCCAUUUCUCUCUCUCUCACUCUCUCUUGGAUAUCUAUCCGUCAGUUUAAAGUACGCACUCGCAUCAGUAUGCAUCGCUCCAUCCAUCCGUGGUGCGGGACUCCACACACUCCUUGUGGCUCUCUUCAUACGCUGUAUUCAGGAGGAAAUGGGACACUUGCCCACAGCCCAUAUGAUAGCAUGUCUGUGAUGGCGUUUGUCCAACUAUACCAUAAGAAAUAAAAUCAAAUCACUUUGGCAGCCUCCGAGUGAACACCGCCGGUCACUCUCCGGUCUCCACAAUCGACCUGCACACUGUUCUCGGAGU